UCUUCUCAGUGUAUUGUCCCAGGCCAUUACUGAUAUGAUAGCACGUGCUUUAAAACAAAAUACGUUCCCAUUUAGCUUCAACGAAACGGUUAUAAGAAACACAGGAGCUAUAACGUUCAAUAAGAGCGAAGACAGAAGCUUCUUAAAUCCUUGAUUUAGAAAAAAAAAACAUUCAGAAUAUCGACUCAAAAAAUUUUAACAUAUGACUGCUCCCAAAAAAAUUCUUCGAAUGGUGUGAUUACAAUUGUUCGCUUUUUAACACUUCAUCCUCAAUCGCUAUUGCCAAUAUUUAAUUUAUUAGUUUAAUUUGAUCUUACUUUUCUAACUCUCUUGAAUUCAAUUUUUAUAGUCAACCGAUUUCUUGUUUCAAAUCGGUUUAUUUUGAACAAACCUUUAAAAAGGUUUUUAUUGAUCCAACGUUAAAAUCGGAUUUUUGUUUAACCACUCUUAGAACCGGUUAACUAAGUUAGUAAUAAAUAACUUAUAAGCAAUAUAACAACAAUGCCCGCGGGUGCAGGAGGUGGUGGGAUGGGCAGACACGAGGAGGAGGAGUCGGCCACUUUGGUCACGCAGGAGCAGCCGAAGAGUAGUUGUACUACUUACUUGGCAGAGGGCGACAGACUCUACAGAGUGCAGGAGUACAAGAAGGCCAUAGAGUCAUACACUGCUGCCCUGGAACGCGCGGAGGCUGAAGGUAUGGACAAGAGACUCUGUUAUUACUCCAGAGCACUCUGUAAACUCUACCUGGGUGACUCAGAUGCCGCUCUGGAGGACGCAGAAGAGGCUCUCGACGAUGACCCCUCCUACUCAAAGGGACUGUGGAUCAAAGCAGAGGCACUCUACGCAAUGGGUAACUUCGAGUACGCCCUGAUGUUCUUCCAUCGUGGCUGUCACUUGAGAGCGGACAACGGAGAGUUCCAGAUAGGGAUCCAGAAGUCACAGGAGGCCAUAGAAAAUGCAAUUGGAGAGAAAGCGAAGGGUGUGGAGUUGAGUACGGACUGUGACCUAACUUGCUUCUACAAAUUCGACCCGGUGAAGAAACGUGAUAAGAAGCACAAACCAGGCACCGGUCGCAUCCAGUCACGCGGACCCCUGCAUAGCAAGAAGGCAGAAGAUGCGAAGAAGAGGGCUGAGGAGCAGAGGAGAGCCAAGGGGACUAAGAGCAGCCGGAAGAGUUCGAAGAGACUGCUGGGUCAGCUGUAUUCGGACAAGGAGUACCUGGAACAGCUCUUCAAAGAUGGAGUGGUGUCGAACGACUCCACCGAGUCGGGUAAGAAGAUCCGAGAUUACACGAAUGACGCAAUCAAAUACUUGGAGAAACGGGAGGAGUUCUGGCGACAGCAGGAUCCCUCCCGCACCCACGACAAGACCUACGAGAGAUCCAGCAGCAGCAGGAGGGGGACGGAGUCGUCGGCAGUGACAAAGAAGUCGAAUCCAGGGGGCUAUGUGAUCAAGCAGAUCGAACGAAUCGAAAAAGACAUGGACAAAAAAGACUACAAACAGGCUGAAAAACGUUGCAAAGAGACUCUGGAUGAAGCCCUGAUCUACACAGAUGAAGAGCUGUCUAACAAGCAGGAGUUUCUGGCCACUCUCUACAACUUGUACGGGGUCUGUCUCUUCGAACAGGACAAGUUCAAAGAAGCUGAGAUCCAAUUUCUCAACGACUGGGAUCUCUCCGAGAACAACGACAACCAAGACGGGCGCAGCCGGGCACUGGACAGUCUGGGAAGGGUGAGUAUGAAGCUGGGCAAACACGAGGCAGCCUUGGGCUACUGGAACCGCAAGCUGCACACGAUGGAUUCCAAGGACGAGAUAGAGGCACACAUUCACGAUGAAGAUGAGACACUGGAACGAAUCUGGCUCUACCACGAAAUAGCCAAAUGUCACUUGGAGAUGAAGAAGUAUGAAGAGGCUAAAGACUUCGGACAGAAGGCACUGGAGUUCGCGAAUGAGAGCAAAGACGAAGCAUGGCAACUCAACGCCACUAUCAUCAUCGCAAAAGCCGAGAUGAAACUGGAGGACUAUGAGGCUGCUUCGACCACAUUUGAAGAGGCACUGGAGCUGGCUAAAAAUCAGCAGAACAAAGAGGCCCUAGACAGCAUUGAAAAGGCUCUGCGAGACGUCAACCAAAAACUCUCCCAAAAUGUCAGUCAACAGGUGGACGAAGAUAAUAACUACUCGGUAGCCAAUCAGAAUCAAGAACAGAUUCGCGAACAGAGAACUCAGACUCCUCCCAAAGUGGAGAAACCGAAAGAAGAGCCGAAGGCGAAAGCAGAAGAGCCGAAAAAAGUGGAAGAGAAAAAAGAAGACGAAGUUGUUGGAGACGGAAGAGGAGACGGAGAUGAGAUCCCGGAGGAGCAGGAACUGGAGGGAACUGAAGCUUAUGGGGAGGAAGAUUUUGAACAAGAUGACGAAACAGCAACUACUUCUAGAGAUAAAUGAAUCUAUAGCUUCUUAAAAAUUUUGAUGACGUAUUAAAUCGUAUACUGAAAAAGAGUCAUGAUUACAAAGUU